UUCCUACACUUAAAGCCAGCAUAAUUGGUCAUGUCAUCAAAAGCAGCAACGCCAGAACUCAAAAAGUAUGUCCAAUGAAAGAGAAAAAAUGGCGAUUGAGGAAGAUUCAUGCUCGGUAUCGUCAUGUAUCAUAUUUAAUAGGCGGCAGUGGAUGAUUAGCGUUACAAUGACUGAACUGCAUGAGACAGAACUCAACUGGCUCUUCAGCCGUUCAUUGAACGAUCUUCAAAUGAACACCAAGCGGGUAGAUUAUACUCAACUAUCACCGUAUGGAUAAUGGAUAGCUUAAUAAUAUCAUACUCUCGCUUGGAAAUCCUCUUUGUGGACGAAAAUAGAUAUAUGGACAAGCGCGUCUUUGUUCAGCUAAAUGGCGCCAGGAAAGUCACGGGCGUUCUGCGUGGGUACGACCCUUUCAUGAACCUAGUUUUAGACGAGGCAGUUGAGGAAACAAAUCCUUCAGAAAAAACCUCGAUUGGUAUGGUGGUUCUUCGUGGAAACAGCGUGGUAGUCAUGGAAGCAUUGGAUCGGAUUGGAAACUAGUUGGAAAGAGUAUAGCAUCCGACUAUAAGCAAAGUACUUUUCGUCACCUAUCAAAUAAAGAUUUAUACAUGAAAGGUCAAAG